GAAGUGUAAAGAAUGGCGGCUGUUGUUGUCUCCGGAGAUCAUAACGUUUAAAGAGCUGCUUGUCUCAUUUUGUCGCUCAGAUUUUCAGCAGAUAUUUAAACCUUCAUUAUGCGGAUCCAGCUGCUGUUUGUGCUUGUAGCCUCUUGUCGCGUCUCGGAGUCAAAGAGAAAAAAUGUCUUUCUAAUUAUUGCUGACGAUGCAGGUUUUGAAACAGACGUCUAUAAUAACUCUGCGGUUCACACUCCUCACCUGCGCUCUCUGGCCCGACGCAGCGUUGUGUUCAGGCAUGCCUUCACAUCUGUCAGCAGCUGCUCCCCGAGCCGCUCCGCCAUCCUCACAGGCCUGCCGCAGCAUCAGAACGGCAUGUAUGGCCUCCAUCAGGGAGUUCAUCACUUCAACUCAUUCGACGGAGUACAGAGUCUGCCGCUGCUCCUCAGCCAGGCCGACAUACACACAGGUAUAAUCGGGAAGAAGCACGUCGGUCCCGGAUCUGUUUACCCCUUUGACUUCGCCUACACGGAGGAAAACAGCUCUGUCCUCCAAGUGGGCAGGAACAUCACUCGGAUCAAACUCCUGGUCCGCAAUUUCUUCCAGACUCACAAGGAGGAAGCAGCUGAGCGACGGCGAGUAAGAGGCGUGGGAACGAGCAACGCAGAGCAGGAGGAGGAGAGGCCGUUUUUUCUUUACGUGGCCUUCCAUGACACCCACCGAUGUGGCCAUUCGCAGCCUCAGUAUGGGGCUUUCUGUGAGAAGUUUGGGAACGGAGAACCGGGAAUGGGUUUAAUUCCCGACUGGACGCCAGUGUAUUACACACCAGAGCAAGUUAAGGUUCCUCCCUUCGUACCCGACACACCCGCUGCUCGGGCCGACCUAGCUGCACAGUACACCACAGUCAGCCGGCUGGAUCAGGGUAUCGGGUUGGUCCUUCAGGAGCUGCGGGAUGCCGGUUACGAGAACGACACUCUGAUCAUCUACAGCUCCGACAACGGUAUCCCUUUCCCCAACGGCAGAACCAACCUGUAUCGGUCUGGAACCGCCGAACCCAUGUUGGUUUCCUCCCCGGAGCACAGGGAGCGGUGGGGCAACACCAGCCAGGCCUACGUCAGUCUGCUGGACAUCACUCCCACCGUCCUGGAUUGGUUUUCUAUCCCCUAUCCAUCCUACAUCCUCCCUGAGAGUCCGUCCUUGCAGGUCCUCCUCACCGGCCGCUCCUUGCUGCCCGCUUUGACCUCCGACCCCAGCAGCUGGAACACAGUGUACUCCAGCCAGUCGCUGCACGAGGUGACCAUGUACUACCCGAUCCGCUCUGUCCACCAGGGGGCGUACCACCUUCUUCACAACAUGCACUACCGCAUGCCCUUCCCCGUCGACCAGGACCUGUACGUGUCCCCGACCUUCCAGGAUCUGCUGAACCGGACCAGGCUGCAGCGGCCGACUCACUGGUUCAAGAGUCUGGACCAGUAUUACUACAGGGAGCGCUGGGAGCUGUUCGACACCAGGACCGACCCUCAGGAAGCCAAGAACCUGGCGUCAGACCCGUCCUACAGCGGCGUGCUGGACAACCUGAGGCAGCUUCUGCAGAAAUGGCAGUGGAAGACCGGAGACCCCUGGGUCUGCGGGCCGGACUACGUCCUGGAGGAAAAGCUGGAGCCUCACUGCAGACCCCUCUACAACGGCCUCUGACUCGCUCUGAUGG